ACCGGGUACAGCAUCUUAAGUCCGGUGAAUGUUACGUCAUUUGCUUAUCACGCGCCUGACAAUUGACUGGUGACAUAUUUGGAACAGCUUUCGUGCGCAAUUAAUCUUCUUUCGCUCGGAUUUUCACAGCGUUGUGUUCUGGAUAUCCCUUGGUACUAUCAAUCUCAUGGCAGCUAUUUGCGUCCCGCCUUCUUCCUUCUGUUUUUAUCUCUUACCCGUCUUUGCACGCAUAUGCGUUGAUUAAAGUAAUGUUCGGCUACUGAUUUAGAUAAAGCUUGAAAUCAGCUUUCCUUUGGCCUGUACUUUCUAAUGCAAUGUUCACUGAUAGCUGGUAAGAGCACCAGAAUGGUAGGAAUAAGUGGCAAAUGUGUAUGGUGCAAAUAAGUGGCAAAUGAAGAUCUCAGGAUCGAAUGAGUGACGUCAUAGGAUAUCGAAAGUCCGCAGCCGCGCAGCGCAAUUUGGCGGGAAGAAAUAGAUCCCCAAUUUCAGCUCGGCAGCGACGUCCCUGUUCUUCUCCAUCCGUUGGACAUAUCACUGAGAUUGCAGUGUUGCGUCACCCGUAUUUCAUCACAUCUCGGUGAUAAAUUUAAAAUAAUUUUGUUGUCCCUCAGUUGAGAGGUAUGCCGCUGACCGAGCUGGACCAGAACAUGCGCAGUGACCACACGACCCGCUCACCGCACUCCUCACCCAGCGAGAUGGGCAGCCCGGCCCGGACCGUGCUGCGCUGCGUGCGCCUCUCGCCGCACGCCAUCCUGCCCAAGCGCGGCUCGCAGGACGCGGCCGGCUACGACCUGUACAGCGCGCACGACUGCGUGGUGCCUGCCCAGGGCAAGGCGCUGGUCAAGACCGACAUCCAGGUGCAGCUGCCCGCCGGCUGCUACGGCCGCGUGGCGCCACGCUCCGGCCUCGCCUGGAAGCAGCACAUCGACAUCGGCGCCGGCGUGAUCGACCGCGACUACCGCGGCAACGUGGGCGUCGUCAUGUUCAACCACGGCCGCGAGGAGCUGGCCGUGAAGCGCGGCGACCGCGUGGCGCAGCUGAUUCUCGAGCGCAUCUUCUACCCGGACAUCGAGGAGGUGCAGGAGCUCGACCAGACGGAGCGCGGCGACGGCGGCUUCGGCUCGUCCGGCAAACAGUAGCCGCGCCACUGCCGAGGGCCCGGCCAGUGGUUGAGUGGUGAUCGCUUACGAUUGAAUGGAUGACUCGGCUGGCUGCCAGUGUCGACCGCUUGCGAUUGAAUGGAUGACUCUGGGCUGGCGGCCAGCCCAAGCCUCUGUGACUUCUGUGAUUGCAGCGCGGAUUCUCUGACGUUGGGUCAAUGCUGAGACGUGUACAUCUUUUACUGUUGGCUCGUGUACAAAAAGACAUCUGCUGUUCGUAGCCGUGGCAAGGAUCCGUACCUCGAUAUGUUUCGCAAAGUUUCAUGUUUUACAAGUGUAUGAAAUACAUCUUCUCCCAAGUG